UUGGAUGUGGUGGUGAAGAGGAAGGGGGAGGGGCUUGGUGGAGAGAUGAGCAAAUAGGUGGAGUUCAGAACAAGUGGUGAGUAGAGGUCAGGAACGAGAUACCUCCUCCUCCUCCUCUUGUUCUUCUCCAUGCUCUACGCUUAAAGAAGACUUUAAGACAUUACCAAACCUCUCCGUGGUGAUCUGCUGAAGAUGGGGGACCAAAACGUUUCUGUCAUGCUUUCAGAGGAUGAACUGGAGAAGACGAAGGAAAACAGGACAACACCGUUCUCCCAGUUCUCCGCAACUGUACGAGCCGUGGUGCGAAUUCGCCAGAAGUACCAAGCAAUGAAACGGCGCCGCAUGGAGCGGGUAGCGUCAGCGUCCCAGCACAGUGCGCAUUUAACAGUCCCGUGUGGUGAUCAGCGCUCCACCAGCCCCAAGAUCUUUACAUUUGAUGUAAUCGAUGGUAACAUUCCUGUCAAUCUAGGCAAGAAAAGGAGAAAGAAAAAGGCACGUGUCCUGUUCCCCAAUAGCAGCCGCCGAGUCUUGCCCACCAAGGAGCAGAGCCGGGCUAAGAGCUGCCUGGUCUUGCUAUGCGUUGUGGUUUUCCUGCAGGUUUACAACGCCAUUGAAAACCUGGAUGACCAUGUGCUCAAAUACGAUCUGGAGGGACUUGAGAAAACCCUUAAAAGAGAGGUUUUUGGACAGCAGGAGGUUACUGAUGGCCUGUUGGGCCAUUUAAAAGAUUAUUUGUCCACAUAUGUUCACAGUAAACCUUUGGUUAUUUCUCUUCUUGGGCCCAGUGGUGUAGGAAAGAGCCACAUAGGAAGGCUAUUGGCUCAGCACUUCCGUUCUCUGGUGGGUGAGCAGCUGGUCAUGCAGUACUUCGUGCUCCACCACUGUCCCACAGAAGGAGACAUCCCACUCUGUACCAAAACUCUGACCUCCCAUGUCUCUGAGAUGGUCACUCAGGCUGAAGAAGAGGAGAAGAUCCCCCUGUUCAUCUUUGAUGAGAUGGAGCACAUGCCUACUGAGCUGCUGGAAACUGUGCAUGGUCUCAUAGCAAAAAAAGAGAAUAACGAAUAUUUGAACGCCAUCUACAUCCUCAUCAGCAACCUGGAGCAGGAAGAGAUCACAAAGUUCGUGCUGCAGAACUCCACCAGCAUCACCAUUUCAGGCCGAGGGCACGUUAGCAAGGAGUUGAAUGCUUUGCUGCUUAGUAAUCUCAAAAAGCACCACUCACUUUGGCUGGAGGCAGAGUUGCUGCCUCUCACACUUCUGGAAAAAAGCCACGUGAUGCAAUGUUUUAUCGAUGAAAUGUCCCGGGAAGGAUUUUACCCAGAGCGCUCUCAUGUAGAAAGACUAGCAGACGAGCUGGGUUACUAUUCUGUGGGUGAACUAGAGUUUUCACGCACUGGAUGUAAGCAAGUGGUGGCAAAAGUGAAUCUUCUGUGAAACCAAUGGCUGUGAACACUGAGGUCAUGCAGAAGUCAGUACUGUUAGUAGAAGAAUAUUGGAGGAAUACACUGAUGCGUCAAGAUCAGUACUAGUCUGUGAUGGCUGGAAAAGACUGGCAUGGUUUCUUUGUUAUUUUUAUAGCUCUAAAGAGGAAUGUUAUGAAUGUUGUAUUUUAAAGAAAGUUGCUGAUUUUUUUAAUGCUAUCCCCCCGCCGAAUAUAUUUGUUAAAUAGAAAGUGUCGCCAACUUCUCUCUCACGCAUACACACACACACACACACACACACACACACACACACACACACAGUGCAGAAGGAUUCCUGUCUACUUUGUUUUGCAGUUGACUGUUACUGGUAAACUUCUGUAGGCUGGAACAUGUCAACAAAUGGUGAAUUCCCCCAAGAGAAACUAGGGUGUUGCAGCUGAGAGACCUCUUCAGGAAAAAAAAAAACUUUGAAUGGAACAUUUCAGGACAGACAUACAAAGCCAAAGGUUUCAGUGAUAUGCUUAGAACAGAUAGGAGUAUAACAAAACAAGGCUGAGGUGAAAGUACUAAAACCUGACCAUUUGUGGUUGGAAAUGUCUUGGGAUCACUGUUAAACCACUGUGAAUAAGCUGUGUCUUGGUGUUAGAGUCCUCCAUUUUAGAUCAGGAGAAGCAGUGGCAUAAUCAUGUAAUAGAUUUCCUGAAGUUCUGUUUUUUUGGAAGACAUUGCUACAGCUCUGGGGUCAGGAUCACACACACACACACACACCCCACUGUAAAAGCAUACAUCAAACCAGAGGUUUACAGUGUAAAUAAUUCAGUAGGAACUAUGAAUGACUCUGUAUGAAGGACUGAAUGAACGUUAUUAUACCAUAAUUAUAAAACACAUAAGUAAAACUACAACUCUAAAUAGUUAUCCUGUGUCAUUUCUAUAAUGUUUUUUCUUUUUAGUGAUCUGUAGCUAGAAAAUUUGAAGUAAAAUGUCUGAAUACAAUCAGGUCUGAUUAAUAAUAAUAAUAAUAAUAAUAAUAAUAAUAAUGAUAGUACAACACAUUGAAUAUGUUCAACUCAAAGUAAAUGACAUUUAUUGCUCCCAUUAACACCAGUUUUCAGUUCAAGUUUAUUGCAGGAUGUUGAAGGAUUUUUUUUGACAUGUUCUCUCACUACUCAUGUUUAAACGCCUGUGUACCAACUAUAAGCCAUUAAACUGCAACCUAUUAACAUGC